UUGUAUUUUGUUUUAGCCGUUCCUGCGAAUCCAAUGAGAAUAGUUGGAGGAAACCUGACUACAGUGGAACAGUACCCAACUAUCGCUGCUUUGCUUUAUUCUUUCUUCGGAACGAGCUUCAGCCAGUCCUGCGGUGGAACUGUCCUCAACAAGAGAUCUAUCCUCACUGCCGCUCAUUGCCCUUAUGGCGAUACAACAGUAAAUUGGCGUGUUCGAGUAGGGUCUACCUUUGCCAAUAGUGGUGGGAUCGUGCACACAUUGACCGCCAUUUUCAUCCAUCCUAAGUUCAAUCAGCGUAUCAUUGAUUAUGACGUGUCAAUCCUAAGAACUAGUGACGUCAUCGAGUAUGGAAAUGUGGUUCAACCUGCUUUAAUAGCUGGGUCUUCGUAUAACCUUCCUGAUAAUGCGGUUGUGUGGGCAGCUGGAUGGGGCACUACUUCUUCUGGUGGCUAUCCUUCAGAACAACUACGACAUGUGCAGCUCUGGACUGUGAACCAAGGAUUAUGCAAGUCUCGAUAUGGAAUCCGAAAUUUGAACAUCACUGACAACAUGCUGUGUUCCGGAUGGUUGAACGUCGGUGGUCGUGACCAGUGCCAAGGAGAUUCUGGUAGUCCUCUCUACCACAAUGGAGUCGUUGUUGGCGUCUGUUCAUGGGGCGUUGGCUGUGCAUCUGCUCAGUACCCUGGAGUCAACUCCCGAGUGUCUCGAUUCACAAACUGGAUUCAAAGUCAAGCGAGACUUUAAAAAAAAAUGUUUAUAAAUACAAAUUGUGUUUUUAAAAGUGUUUUAUUUUAUAGAUUGAAUUCUGUACAGUAAGUUCAUCUAUUGUGUA